CUCACCACAUUGAAGACGGUUCGCUGCCUUAUGCGAGUUGUACCGGGACUGAGAGAAAGAAUUAAACUCUCUGCUAUUAUUUUAGUUGGAUUAUCAACAAUACAUCGCUGCUUUCCUCUGUGAGAUAAAUACCUCCUCUUGAGGGUUUUUAAAACAGUGUCACCUUUCCGCUGGUGGUCUUUACACUGUGUAACAUCAACGGAGGACAUUAAAGCCAGUUAUGUUCAAUCCGCACCACCACCAGCAGCAGCAGCAGCAGCAGCAACAACAGCAACAAUUUCACCAGCACCUGCGGCAGCUACAACAACUUUUCCAGCAGCAGCCUCCACCUCCCCCUCCGCCACAGCCACCUCCUCGGCAUCAUGUCGCCCAUCACCACCACCAGGCACAGCGAUCCCUUCCUGGCGCUCAGCAGUCAGCCCCUCCUCCCAGGAUGGUCAACAUGUGCCAGGGAUCCAUGGCCCCCAAUCCCAUGCUGCAGGGGGCCCUACUGAUGCAGCAGAUGCAGGGUAGCAUGCGGGGCUUUGGGAUGGCUGGACAGCAGUUCCGUCAGUUCUUCACUGCCGGGUCCAGGAACUCUCUGCUCGGCCCGGUCCCCAUGGGCAUGGCCAUGAAGUCCCCCAUGAUGGGUUACCCAGCUGCCCGACAGUACCACCAGCAUGCUCGCUACUACAACAACAACAACAACAACACCCCCACCACAGCCUCUUCGUCCUUCUCUUCCUCCUCCUCCUCUUCCACCACUGCUGCAGACGCUGCAGCGCGUCAGCCUGACAGGAAGAGGGACAGCGAGCAGAUGGCCUCAGGGAGCACAGACGACCAACCAGCAGCUAGCAGUACCAAUGAAGCCGGGGACAAGACUGAAACAGAUGGUGCCGUGGGAGGAGUGGAUGAACCAACGCAGUCGUCUGAGGAGCAACUUGAAGAACCUGAAGUCAAGAAGCAGAGGACAGAUGGGUCAGAGAACCCCAAGGAGCACUGUGGUGUUGAGACGAUCACCAUCGCAGAUACAGAUGGGGAUCUUCUAUGUUCAGAUACUAACAGCAACACAGAGGACAGCCAGCCUGGAGACUGCAUCCUUAUGGAGGAAGGAGGCUCCCCUGGGGGGUCGGAUGUUGUUGAGGCACUGGAGGAGAGCAGAGCUACUGAGGAGCACAGCCAUUUGUCAGCUACGUCCCCAUCGGGCAGGCUGAGUGAAGAGGACCAGCAGGGGGAUUCCCUCUCAGAGGGGAAAGACGCCUCUUUAGCUUCAGCAGACAACCAGGAGGAAGAGGAGGGUGUAGCGGAUGGCACCAAUAAGUUCUACUGCUACCUCUGCAGCAUUACCUGCCACAACCAGCAAAACUUCAAGAGUCAUAUGAACAGUGUUUCGCACCAGCAGAGGAUGAUGGAGAUCCAACACAUGAGCAAUGCCUGCCUGGUCACCCUGAUGCCACGAGUGCACGAGUCCCUACAGGAAGCAAUUAAAGACGGAGAGAAGAAGUCUGACUUGAAGCAUUGGUGUGCCACCUGUCACACCCACUUCACCAGUGGCCUCGCAGAGCACCGUCGCACCGAGGAACACAAACUUGCCAGCAGAGCCGUCAUCUCCUCCUGCACUGUCUGCAAGAAACAUUUCAGGACCUCCCAGAUUUUCGUGGAGCACUUGCGGUCUCAGGACCACAGACGGAAAGUGGAGGAGCUCCAGGAACAGGAGGGCUGCAAGGCCUUAGGCAAGCUGACGGAGCUGGACACAGAGGGCUUCUCAUUGGAGGAGGUGGAGGGCGAGGAGGAGGAGGAGGAGGAGGUGGAGGAGGAGGAAGAGGAUAAACAGAUGAACGAACAGGAUGACUGUUCCUCCGUUAAAGAAGUGACUCUGAAGGACAUGGCCAGUGACGAGCAGUAUGACGCUGACACAGUCUAUGGGUCCAGUUUUUUUGUUCCAGUCGCAGGUUUUAUCUGCAGACUCUGCAACAAGUUCUACCACUUUGAAUCCUCUGCCCUGCACACCCACUGCAAAUCAAUGAAGCACUUUGAGAAGCUCAAGAGGUACCGAGAUUUGAACAGCGACGCUGUUGAAUCUUCCAGAGAGUGUCUCCCCGCUGCAGACAGCCUCAGGCCUCCUGUGACCGAGACCCCCACAGUCUGUUCUGAGGAAACCUCCCCCUCUGAGGAAAACUCUGUUUUACUGACAAAUCCAGAAACCCAGCAACAGGAGGAGGAAGAAGCAGAACCAACCUCACAGGACUUUGUCAGCACCUCAGCCACCAAUACUGACAGCACAGACCAAGAGCUCCGCCUCCAACUGAAAGAAAUAGAGACAACGAAAGAAGAAGAGACAACGAAAGAAGAAGAAGAGACAACGAAUGAAGAAGAGACAAAGACAUCCCAGGACUCUGUAGAUAUGGAGGGGCCAGCUGAGCCUCCUGCUGCCAGCGGAGAGGAGCCAGAUGCUAUUAAAGAAGAAGAAGAGGAGGAGGAAGAGGAGGAGGAAGAGAAGGAGGUUCCUGCUGUCCCAGGGAAGAAGAAGGCAAAAGCUAAACCCAAACGCAAGUCGGGGAGGGCCAUAAACAGACGCUGAGUCAGAGAGGAGGUGGGGAAAGAGUGGAACCUGGCAGAAAUGUAACCUGAUACUGACCGGAUGUGAUGAGGUGCUUUCAUGAAACUGAGACCAAGGUGUGAGCAGCCCCGCUUCUCUCCAUGUCAGAAAGUCUGAAUUUACCACACACAUGUAGGAAGAUUGAUAAUACAUCAUGGUGGAACAUGACUUCCCAUGUGAUGCUUUCCCAGGGUGGGAAAUUAACACCUGACAGCUAUAGCAUACAUGUUAAACCAGUGGGUCCAAAUGUUGGCUCGCGGUCAAAGAAUGAUGUCGCAUCAUCUCUAGCCUCACCACUACAUUACAGCAAUACACAUUAGGUCAUUGUAGUUCGGAUCAAACUGUUUUCCUUAUAAAGAGAAGCUUCUUAUAUUGAAAGAAAACCAUCAACUUGAUACACAUUCUGUCCCAAUUUCUUCCUUCAUACUAAAAUCAAAGCAUUUUUCGGCAUGUUUAUUGCAAUGUGUAGUUAACUCAAAAAGUCACUUGCACACAGGUGGUAAAAAAAAAAAAAAGACGCUUUGUGAACCCCCCAAGUAAACUAAAAGUGUAUUUAAGUUGUAGUAACUUUAGCGGUCCCUUAAUUUCAUCUCGCUCCAUCAUCAGGUACAAAUCAUAUCUUGUGUAAAAUGUUAUUUAUGACCAUGUCUUCAGCUGAAGUCCAACCACACAGAGCCACAAGUGAACUAUACUGCAAAGAAUUGACUGUUAAAAAGUAGAAUGGGAUUGAGACACUGAUAAAAACGUAUAUACAGUUUUUUAAUUUAAAGGAUUACAUGCAUUUCCCAAACAAGGAGAUCUGCAUUUGACAUCUGCUUAAAAGAGCAAUGACCCCAUCUUUCAGAAUUAUUUAUUCAAAUCUCUGUAAUUGCUUAUUACCCCUAAAUGAAGAGCAUCUAGGCUUUUUAUAAUUAUGCUGCAUUCAAUAAACCAAAUAGGCUGGUAGUUCCUCCAAAAAGUUAAUUUCCCACCCUGCUGUGCUCAAGAAUCAGGAUAUUGUUUUUACUCAUUAAGCUAGCUAGAAGAGUGAUUGUUAUUUUAAUAUAACGUACAAGUGGAGACAUGUUCAACAAUGGCACAUGCUUAUAGAGAGCUGAAAGGAGAAUGUAAGCAAUGUAAGUGUUUGAGCGAAUAACGUCUUUUGUUUUUCAAACUAAAGUGUUAAACAGGGUACUUUUAGAUGGAGUGUUGAGACAUGUUGAACCUCGAAUCUGAUCAAAGCUUUGUUCAGGGCAUUUUGGUAUCGUUUUUGGGGGGGCAGGGGGUCCAGUUUAUUUCAUGUUAUUUUUUUCAUAAUAAAGUGUUUAAAAUGUUUGGGAUUCAACAGGCUCUAAACUAAGAAUCCACACAAAAGUCUGCACUAUCUGCUCAUUUGAAAGCUCGUCGGUUUAGACAUGUAUAUGCUGCUGGGUAUUAAAGAUUGACCCACAAAUCAGUCUUCUAACUCAUAAUUCAUAAUGAUAAAAGCGUAGAAUGGAUAGUAAAGUGUGCCUGCAUUCAGAAAAAAAGUGUUUUCCAUUGUCUUACAAUGCUGUUAGUGGUAGUUGCUCAUUUUCCUCUAAUUUAUCAUUGCAUUGAUUUUCUAAGAUAUUUGUGUUUGCUGUACACUGGACAGAAGGAACCACAGUUAUUGUGAGGAGGAAAGUGUUUAUUUAAUUUAACAAACUGAGUAGCAGUCACACAGUAGACCAUCCCAUGAUCAUACAAAUGUGUAACUUUGGUUCCAGCAUUUCAGCAGUCACAAGGUUUGGGGGCUAGUGUGACGUUCUGGAAACAUUUCAUCGUCCACAUC